AAUAGAAUAGACCCAAAAAGGUAAACCCCGCCCAUCUGGCACAUGUAGGCUAAAGUGAAAGCUCAAAGAACUUGAAAGAGUUCAGAUACUAAAGUUAACCUCUAUGGUACACAUACAUCUAGCAUUCAGUUCAUGGAGUUAUCAGACAUGCAUCUAGCAUUCAGUUCAUGGAGUUAUCAGAUGUACAUCUAGCAUUCAGUUCAUGGAGUUAUCAGCCAUACAUCUAGCAUUCAGUUCAUGGAGUUAUCACACAUACAUCUAGUAUUCAGUUCAUGGAGUUAUCACACAUACAUCUAUUAUUCAGUUCAUGGAGUUAUCAGACGUACAUCUAGCAUUCAGUUCACGGAGUUAUCACACAUACAUCUAGCAUUCAGUUCAUGGAGUUAUCACACAGGUACUGAUAUAGACACACACACUCAAACACACAUACAAACACACACAUACACACCCAUACACACACACAAACACAUGCAUACGCACACACAAAGACAAAAUACCAAUAUCCCCUCCCUCUCGCUCUCGCUCUCUCUACGCUUUCCCUGCCCUCCCCCCCUCGCUCUCUUUCCCUCUUCUCAUGCCCUUUCUCUCUCCCUCUUCUCCCUCUCCCUCCCGCUCUCUCUCACAACUGUCUUCCUCUUUCACACUCUCUCUCUCUCUCUAUAUAUAUAUCUCUCGCUCACUCUCUUUCCCUCCCUCCCUCUCUCUUUCUCUCCUCCCCUUUUCGUUCCUCUCUCUACCUUCUUGCACUCUUGCUCAGAAAAAUAAUCCAUGGCGGCUCUCAGACUAGAACCUCGAGCAUUAGGGUCCCUCUCAGGGGGUUCCACCCCGCUCAAGGCCCUUCUCCCUGGGGCAGAGGGCUUCGUCCUUCCCCCUGGAGAUCCAGAGCUGUGCCGGGAGCAUGGAGAGAAGUUUACCUUGUUCUGUGUGGAUGACCUGGAGCCAGUGUGCAGUCAGUGUGGACUGACUGAGACCCACGAGGGGCACAGAGUCUACCCCAUAACGGAGGCUGUACCUGACUGUAAGGGGGAGCUGAACUCUUCACUGGGGAAGCUGCUAGGGAAGAGCAGGAGGUUUGAGAAGGUUACACGGAUCUUUGAACACGCCUCCCAACACAACCAGAGCCAUGCCCAGCAGACAGAGAGACAGAUAAAGGAGGAGUUUGAGAAGCUGCACCAGUUCCUGAGAGAGGAGGAGGAGGCCAGGCUAGCCAGGCUGAGGGAGGAAGAGGAGGAGAGGAAUAGAGUGAUGAAGGAGAAGAGAGAGAGAUUGGGGAAAGAGAUGGAGCUGCUGGCUAAAACCAUCCGAGAGAUCGAGGAAGAGAUGAAGGAAGACAGAGAUGACAUCGCCUUUCUGCAGAAUUACCAGGAGACAGUAAAGAGGACGUGGCAGAGUCAUGAGGAGCCAGAGGAGGUGUGUGGUCCUCUGAUAGACGUGUCCAAACACCUGACUAACCUCCUCUACAUCGUCUGGAACAACAUGCUGCACAUAGCCCCUUACACUCCGGUAACCCUGGACCCGACCACGUCCUGCCCAUCUCUGGUCCUCUCCCCUGGGCUAACCUCUGUCCAGCUGGGAAAGGAGAGGAUCCAGAUCCAGCCCGCUAACCCGGAGAGAUUUGACCCGAUCGACUGCACUCUGGGCUGGGAAGGAUUCAGCGCCGGCACCCACUGCUGGACCGUAGAGGUUGGAGAGAGCAGCAACUGGACAGUUGGUGUGGCCAGCCAAUCGGUGCGUAGGAGGGAGGAGUUUGAGGCAUGUCCGGAGGAGGGGCUAUGGACCCUCAGCCUACGGAAUGGGACGUACCGUGCCAUGACCACACCCUGUACCACCCUCCCUCUGGACUGGUCCCGCCCCUUUCACAGGAUCAAGGUGUUUCUGGAUUGGGAGAACGGUCAGGUGGAAUUCUGGGACGCGAUGAGGGACAAACUCCUGUUCGCCUUCACGCACCGCUUCACAGAGACGCUGUAUCCGUACUUUCAGAGCAGCUGUUCUAAGUGCUGGCUAGUGGUGUUACCCCAGAGAGUGUGUGUGGAGAUAGAGCUAGAUCCUAUCCCUGGGGAUGACGAUGGAGACCAGAUCCCACACGACGGAUCAUCCAAUGAGGGAGAGGAUACCAAGACUAGAUCCACUGAUGACAGCGAGCUGACAGAAACCGGAUCCCCUGUCGAAGCCCAGAUCCCAAUGACAGGAUCUCCCAAGAUCUCAACCACUGACCAGAACCAAGAGACAAGCUGCCCUGACAAAACGUCAAACACCGGAUCCGCUCAAAGGAUGGGCCGGAUCCCAAAGACUAAAUCCACCGGAAAGGGAAAGAUCCCACAGACUGGAUCCACUGUUCAGAAGCAGAUCAAAAACACCAGAUCCAAUGGAAGCUACCACAUCACGAAGGAUAGGCCGCUAGUCCAGGUCAGGAGGACAGAAUCCACUGAGUGAUCCACUGAGAGAUCCACUGAGAGAUCCACAAGCAACAACACAGAGAUCAAGUUGCCCUGCAGCCCAGCCCAGAUCAUCCAACACACAAGAGAUCACCCAACACAGACUAGAUCCCGUACCUCCACAGACUAGAUCUUCUACCUCCACAGACUAGAUCCCCUACCUCCACAGACAAGAUCUCCUAUCUCCACAGACUAGAUUCCCUACCUCCACAGACUAGAUUCCCUACCUCCACAGACUAGAUUCCCUACCUCCACAGACUAGAUUCCCUACCUCCACAGACUAGAUCCCAUACCUCCACAGACUAGAUCCCCUACCUCCACAGACUAGAUCCCCUACCUCCACAGACUAGAUAUCCUACCUCCACAGACUAGAUCCCCUACCUCCAUAGACUAGAUCUUCUACCUCCACAGACUAGAUCUCCUACCUCCACAGACUAGAUCUCCUACCUCCACAGACUAGAUCCCCUACCUCCAUAGACUAGAUCCCCUACCUCCAUAGACUAGAUCUCCCCUCCCCACAAACUAGAUCCCCUACCUCCAUAGAGUAGAUAUCCUACCUCCACAGACUGGAUCCCCUACCUCCACAGACUAGAUCUCCUAGAUCUGCUGUCAUUGACUAGAUCCCCUACCUCCACAGACUAGAUCCCCUACCUCCACAGACUAGAUCCCCCUAUCUCCACAGACUAGAUCCCCUACCUCCACAGACUAGAUCUCUUACCUCCACAGACUAGAUCUCUUACCUCCACAGACUAGAUCCCCUACCUCCACAGACUAGAUCCCCUACCUCCACAGACUAGAUCCCCUACCUCCACAGACUAGAUCUCCUACCUCCACAGACUAGAUCCCCUACCUCCACAGACUAGAUCCCCCUACCUCCACAGACUAGAUCUCCUAGAUCUGCUGUCAUUGACUAUAUCACCUAACACACACUAUUUGAUAUCUCUUACAGGCAUUUUUGUGUGAUGUUGUAAUACACAGUGUAUUAUAGUGGAGGUAAUGUAGUAAUAUACAGUGUAUUAUAGUGGAGGUAAUGUUGUAAAACACAGUGUAUUAUAGUGGAGGUAAUGUAGUAAUACACAGUGUAUUAUAGUGGAGGUAAUGUUGUAAUACACAGUGUAUUAUAGUGGAGGUAAUGUUGUAAUACACAGUGUAUUGUAGUGGAGGUAAUGUUGUAACACAGUGUAUUAUAGUGGAGGUAAUGUUGUAAUACACGGUGUAUUAUAGUGGAGGUAAUGUAGUAAUACACAGUGUAUUAUAGUGGAGGUAAUGUUGUAACACACGGUGUAUUAUAGUGGAGGUAAUGUUGUAAUACACAGUGUAUUAUAGUGGAGGUAAUGUUGUAAUACACAGUGUAUUAUAGUGGAGGUAAUGUUGUAAUACACAGUGUAUUAUAGUGGAGGUAAUGUUGUAAUACACAGUGUAUUAUAGUGGAGGUAUUGUUGUAAUACAAGGUGUAUUAUAGUGGAGGUAAUGUUGUAAUACACAGUGUAUUAUAGUGGAGGUAAUGUUGUAAUACAAGGUGUAUUAUAGUGGAGGUAAUGUUGUACCGGUAAUACACAGUGUAUUAUAGUGGAGGUAAUGUUGUAAUACACAGUGUAUUAUAGUGGAGGUAUUGUUGUAAUACAAGGUGUAUUAUAGUGGAGGUAAUGUUGUAAUACACAGUGUAUUAUAGUGGAGGUAAUGUUGUACCGGUAAUACACAGUGUAUUAUAGUGGAGGUAAUGUUGUAAUACACAGUGUAUUAUAGUGGAGGUAAUGUUGUAAUACACAGUGUAUUAUAGUGGAGGUAAUGUUGUAAUACACAGUGUAUUAUAGUGGAGGUAAUGUUGUAAUACACAGUGUAUUAUAGUGGAGGUAUGUUGUAAUACACAGUGUAUUAUAGUGGAGGUAAUGUUGUAAUACACAGUGUAUUAUAGUGGAGGUAAUGUUGUACCGGUAAUACACAGUGUAUUAUAGUGGAGGUAAUGUUGUAACACAGUGUAUUAUAGUGGAGGUAAUGUUGUAAAACACAGUGUAUUAUAGUGGAGGUAAUGUUGUAAUACACAGUGUAUUAUAGUGGAGGUAAUGUUGUAAUAUACAGUGUAUUAUAGUGGAGGUAAUGUUGUAAUACACAGUGUAUUAUAGUGGAGGUAAUGUUGUAAUACACAGUGUAUUAUAGUGGAGGUAAUGUUGUAAUACACAGUGUAUUAUAGUGGAGGUAAUGUUGUAAAACACAGUGUAUUAUAGUGGAGGUAAUGUUGUACCGGUAAUACACAGUGUAUUAUAGUGGAGGUAAUGUUAUAAUACACAGUGUAUUAUAGUGGAGGUAAUGUAGUAAUACACAGUGUAUUAUAGUGGAGGUAAUGUUGUACCGGUAAUACACAGUGUAUUAUAGUGGAGGUAAUGUUGUAAUACACAGUGUAUUAUAGUGGAGGUAAUGUUGUAAUACACAGUGUAUUAUAGUGGAGGUAAUGUUGUAAUACACAGUGUAUUAUAGUGGAGGUAAUGUUGUAAUACACAGUGUAUUAUAGUGGAGGUAAUGUUGUAAAACACAGUGUAUUAUAGUGGAGGUAAUGUUGUAAUACACAGUGUAUUAUAGUGGAGGUAAUGUUGUAAUACACAGUGUAUUAUAGUGGAGGUAAUGUUGUAAAACACAGUGUAUUAUAGUGGAGGUAAUGUUGUAAUACACAGUGUAUUAUAGUGGAGGUAAUGUUGUAAUACACCGUGUAUUAUAGUGGAGGUAAUGUUGUAAUACACGGUGUAUUAUAGUGGAGGUAAUGUUGUAACACACUGUAUUAUAGUGGAGGUAAUGUAGUAAUACACAGUGUAUUAUAGUGGAGGUAAUGUUGUAAUACACAGUGUAUUAUAGUGGAGGUAUUGUUGUAACACACAGUGUAUUAUAGUGGAGGUAAUGUAGUAAUACACAGUGUAUUAUAGUGGAGGUAAUGUUGUACCGGUAAUACACAGUGUAUUAUAGUGGAGGUAAUGUUGUAAUACACAGUGUAUUAUAGUGGAGGUAAUGUUGUAAUACACAGUGUAUUAUAGUGGAGGUAUUGUUGUAACACACAGUGUAUUAUAGUGGAGGUUUUGUUGUAACACACAGUGUAUUAUAGUGGAGGUAAUGUUGUACCGGUAAUACACAGUGUAUUAUAGUGGAGGUAAUGUAGUAAUACACAGUGUAUUAUAGUGGAGGUAAUGUUGUAAUACACAGUGUAUUAUAGUGGAGGUAAUGAAGCAUCUGUUCUCCCAAUGUAAUGUGUUUUGAAUAAAGAACAAAUAAAGAAUGA